AUGCGGAAAAAGAAAACAGCCAGAAAGCGGAGAAAACAAAAGCCAAAGCAAACGCUUCGCCACCGAAAAAUCUGCCAUCAUUUUCGUCCGAGGGCGACGAGGAGAUCCCGAACAACGCGAGAAAUUUGCCAGCUGCAAACAAAUCGCGCACGGUUUGCACUGUCUACGAGGGAAUUCUCUCGAUUUUGUAUAUUUUGUUUCGCUAAAUUCGUUUUGUUCCAUCCAUCUGUCGAGGCUCUCCGACAAGGAAAGGAAAGGAAGUAGCAUACAAAGGGUCUUACAGGUAAAAAAGUGGUGGAAAGUUUGUGUGUUUGUGGAAAAUUUGCGUGCGACGGAAAGCACACGCGUUUUUUCCUGUUCGAAGGACGGAAGCUGCGGCAGCUUGUUUUAGGCUGUUGUCAAGGAAUUCGGAAAGGAUCCACCAGCGGAUUGUAAAGAUGAAUCGCAACAAUGGUCGCCGUGGUCGGGGACGCGGUCGCGGCCGAGGAGGAGCCAACCGUGGCCGUAAUCGCAAUCCAGCCCCACCGGAUUGGGACGAUCUGGGAAUGUUCCGUCCGUCAAGUGACAGCGAUGAUGAUUCCGAUUUGGUUCCGAUCAACGGGCUGCAGUUGCUAAAAGCUCUAAACUACAUGCGGGGUGAUCUGUCAGGAAAGGCACACUGCGGCAUGGGACCGGAUCCGAGCGACGAUCGAACUGAUGAACGAAUUUUCCACACCGAGGAUGGCUAUCCGGUCAAUACGAUUUAUGCCAGCUUCACAAGGAACGCGGAUUCGGUCACGGAAGAGGUGAUCCGCAGCAUAUUCGAACCGUAUGGACCGGUCAAAAGCGUCCGGAUCUACACCAGUCAGGAUAACAACCAGUACGACAAUGACGGUGUGGAGGAAGCAGCGGCGUCCCGUGGACGGGGCCGCGGUCGAGGACGAGGUCGCGGUCGGGGAGGCUAUCGCCGGUAUAAAGAUCGAAUCAUCCGGUACGGAUUUAUCGCGUACGAACGCUGCGAGGAUGCUGCCAAAUGCUUGCAGGAUAAGUUCAAGCUGAAGCAGCGAUGCUACGUGGCUCCCGCCGACAGCUGGCAUCAAGAGGAUUACCUCAAGAAGAAGCAGAAAACGGAACAGGGUGACAAGAAACCAAACGAUUGCAGCGAUGAAGCAGUAGCCGGAACCUCCAAUGGACCAUCAGUGGCACCGAAAGACACAUCCACCGAAGCGGAUCCCAACAGUAGUGUCAAAGCGGAAAGCGGCCAUUCCACGGAGGAAGCGGAACCGGACGGUAUGAAUCUUUUGCAGUUGAACGAUGACUGCUUGCUUCUGAUUUGCGACUAUUUGGAGCUGUUUGAUCUGUUGGCGCUAAGAAAGACCUGCACCAGGCUGGAAGGCAUCACAGCAGAAGCGUUCAAACAGUACAGGAUGCUAGACUUCGACAUCGACCCUAGCGACAAGAAGUAUCUGACCUUGUUAGAUGUUAAAAAUAUCCUCUCGGAAAUUGGAUCGUAUGUGGAGAAUUUGUCGAUUUCUAGCGAUCGCUUCCUGAAGCCCAGCGAUAGAAUUCUCAAACUGAUACCUCGUUAUUGCCCGAAUUUGAUGGAACUGAACAUUAACGAUUUUGCGUUGAACGUCAAGGCACUGAAUGGGUUCGAUGAAGUGUUCAAAUCACUGGAUGGGCUGAGUCUAGUGUCAUGCAACCUGGAGGAUUCGAUUGAGAGGCAUUUGAAGUUGGCGAAAAAGCUGAAGCGGUUGGAUCUCUCAGAGAACAGUGGAAUCACCGGCAACUGUCUGGCUAAUGUUAAAAACCUCAUAUCUCUGGAUCUAGAAGGUUGUCAAAACAUUCAGGGAAAGCCUUUCACCCGAUUCGUAGAACACAAUAAAACUCUAGAAUAUCUAAACAUUACCUGCUGCGGUCGGUUGACUUCCGGAGCGAUCAAGGCCAUCGCGGAGAAAAUGACCGCAUUGGACCACCUGAUUUGCAACAAUCACUAUGAAAGCGUGGAUCCUGCAAGUAUGGCACUGCUAGCCAAAAUGCCAAGUCUGCGAAAAGUUCAGUUCAAAUUCAACGGUUACUCCCCAAUCAAUCAGAUGAUGGAGGGUUUCGCCGAGAUGAACCAACUGGAACACCUGGAUAUGUCGGACGGUAUCUUCACCUCGGUGGAUUACAACGUGCUCAGCAGGCUCACCAAUUUGAAGGAGCUCAAAAUGAACUACAAGCUGGACUUUGGCGAUGAACAUCUGGCGAAAUUGUGCGGCACCGGACGUUUCGUCGAGUUGCACAUUGCCGGCUGUACGAAGAUCACCGACAAACAGCUGAUCGAGUUCAUCCGGAAGAACCCCCAGCUCAAACUGUUGGACAUUUCUUACUGCCAGAUUACCGAGGGGUUGAUCUUUUCGGCGAUCGACAUUCUGAAGGAGCAGGCGGUCGGCUGCAGAGACGGAGGCCGCAAGCUCAAGAUGAUGGUCGGCCAGACCACCAUCUGCCAGGUGAUACUGAAGAACACAUUGGUCGAAGCCAAUCGACACCUGUUGGACAUCUCGUUCGAUAGUACGGAAGGUUUCUAUGGUGGCAUGGAGGACGACGACUUGUACGACGACUUCAUGGACGAUGACGACGACGACGAGGACUUCAUGGGCUAUGAUUAUGACGAUGAAGACGACGUAAUGUGGGGCCUCGAUCAUGACCUAGAUUUUGAGGACGUGUGCCAGUACUUCUACGAUAGCGAUACGGACGACUAUCGAUAUAUGUACUACAUGUAAGCAGGCGGCGGCGCCACCUCGCAGAUUGUUCGUUCCAUGAUGGCCUGCUACGAAACGCGUAUGUAGAAAACAGAGAAAACAAUCAUUCUUCUAAGCCCAACUCCAAGGGCUACUAGGAUGGAAACUUUGUGAUGCGGUUACAGGGGCUAGGAGGGCAGAAUUAAGCUCCCGAAGCAAACUGCACCUCAUUCCCCCGGCUACCCAAAUUUGUGACGCGGAAAUUACUAAUCAACUCGCAAAUCACAGAAUUAGUUCGCUGCGUCCCGGUUACAUUUAAGAAAAGCAACAUUUGUUAUGGUCUUAUCAUCUUAUCAACGGUCUUUUACACCAAGAACAAAAAUGCUUGAGCAGAUAUGCGAUUUUGCUUGAGUAAUCGUUUUUUUUUUAAGUUAUGUUAUUUUGUUGCAUUGAUCCAUAAAUUUAUACCAAAAGAGGGUCCGUUCGUCUUAAAAGAAAAUCCGAUCAAAUGUCAAAAAAAGAGAACGUCAAUCUCAAUACUUUGAGUAUAAAUAAAAUAAAAUUAAAUCAAA